UCAUCAAAGCCGCCAGAUACAUCGGAGAGCAGAGUCAUGGCGAGUGCACGGACCAAACAUGUUAAAGAUCUACAGGAAGAACUGACCUGUUCCAUUUGCCUUGAUAAGUUUAAAGACCCUGUCUCUAUACAGUGUGGUCACAACUUUUGCCGAGCAUGUAUCUCCCAAACAUGGAAAGGCACCCGCAGCAAUUUUUUAUGCCCUGUGUGUCGGAAGGUAUCCAAAUGGAAGUUUCUAAGACCUAAUCGUGUUGUGGGGAACGUGCUGGAAAUUUCAGCUCAAAUGUUUACAGCUGUAGAAAGUGAAGGACCUAAGAAGCAGUGUCCGAAGCACCUAGAGCCACUCAAACUUUAUUGUAAGGAUGACUCUGAGGAAAUCUGUGUAGUGUGCAGAGAGUCCGUCUAUCACAGGAGCCAUACAGUAAUGCCAGUAGAAGAAACAACUGAAGAAUUUAAGGGUGAAGUUCAAAAUCGUCUGCAGGCAUUAAGAAAGGAGCUUGCCAAUAGUGUGCAACUUAAAACUGAAGAAGAAGAAAAAGCUCAAGAACUUCAGGCUGAAGUUUUACAAAAACGUCAAAUGGUGACUGCAGGCUUCGAAGGUUUGCGGCAACUUCUGGCUGAUGAAGAAACAGUCAUCAAUCACCGUUUAGAAAACCUUGAGAGAGCAAUUAAACAGAGGAGAAACGAGUGUGUCAGCAGGCUCAAUGAAAAGGUGUCAUCGCUCCAAAAAGUCAUCACUGACCUUGAAAAAAGUUUUCUCAUUUCAAACAGCCAUAAUUGUCAGGAACAGAAAGCUUCUGUCGUCAGACAUUCUCCUGAACUUCCUCAUCCAAAACACAGGACACCCAAACACACUGGAAGAAGAGCAACACUGGACUUUUUUAUGUCUUUACAUGUUCCAUUGUCCCUGGACCUGAAAACUGUUAACCAAAAUCUUCUGGUAACCUGCAACAGACAACGUGUGAAAUAUGUGGAAGAUGCACUGCAUUUGGUCCCAUGUCCAGAGAGGUUCGACUUAAAACCAUGUGUCUUAGCAACCACCGGAUUCAAAUUAGGAAAACAUUAUUGGGAGGUGGAGGUGGGAGGAGGCAUAUACUGGACCACUGGGAUAGCUAAACAGUCUGUUUGCAGAAAAGGAAUGUUUAGAAUUGAACCAGGUAGAGGAAUAUGGGCAAUUGGUCUACUUGGCAUGUAUACAGAUAGAUACUAUGCUUUCACCAACCCUGAUACUCUCUUGAAUCCUAAGGAACAACUGGAAAGAGUUGGAGUCUUCUUGAACUGUGAUGAAAGCUAUGUUUCCUUUUACAAUGCUUUGAACCUGGAGCACCUUUACACAUUUAAUUUUAUGCAAGUGCCUGAAAAAAUGUUCCCCUUUUUUUGUGUAGGAGCCUUAGGAACAGAACUUAAACUUAACUAAUCAUUUAAAAUCUUGUUUGUCUGACUUAAUAAAAAAAUGAUCCCCAAGGCAACAAUACAAUAAAGAAAGAAUAUAUACAUACAUAUUUCAUCCCCUGCUACUCUUAUCUGAAGGAGUUGUUUGCAAAUGACUGCUGCAGCCAAUCAGCUCAGCUGCUGAGAUCAGUGAUUGGCUGCAGCAGCGUCCAAGUUAUAUGUGAAUGUCAUCACUGCAGCCAAGAAGAUAUCGUCGUGGCUACAGCCAUGUGGAGGAUCAGAGCAGUUACGCUGGGAGCAGCAGGGGAUGAGAUAGGUGAGUAUAUGUUCUUUCAUUUUACCAUAGUUGCUGCCUUGGGAAUUUUUUAACUAAUUCAGCCAUCACCUUUAAGUUCUUACUGGAAAGGGUUUUCCCUUUGACAUAUUUGUAUGGUGUAUCCACUAGAUAUGCCAUGAAAAUCUUACUGUUGGGUCAUUCAUCCAUUCAAAGAUAGGAUACCUAAUCCUUGUACCUGAUGUAGAAGAGACUAUGCAUCUGUGAUCAAUCUACGUUAAAUGGCAUCUGUCAGCAGAUCUGUACCUAUGACGCUGGCUGACCUGUUCCAUGUGCUCUCGGC